AUGGCUAUGUCAAAAGGAUUUAAAGUCCUUGAGAAAUCAUCGCCACCAAAUCCCUACAGUAUUAUAUUACAACAUAGAAAUAAAGACACGGCUUUACUGUUUGAAUCUCAAGCAGUAGUUUCACUGUCUUCCCAAGAGACGGAAACUCUACGAAAGCAGUACCACAAGAUUGCAGAUGCCUAUGGCUGCUUGGGUGUUUUACAACUAAAUUCAGGAGAAAGCUGCCUACUGUACCUCGUUCUUGUUAUAGGAUGCUGUUCUGUUGGAAAGGUGGGUGACGUUGAAGUAUUUAAAAUUACUCACACACAAUUCCUUCCUCUGUUCUAUCAGUCUCAAGGGGAUGAUAAAGUUUCUGAAGUGCGUAAAUUAUUAAAUUCUGGAACAUUUUAUUUUUCAUGGAACUCAGGCAAAAACAAUGAUAAUCUUUUCGAUUUAACUCUUUGUGCUCAAAGAAAGAGUAAGUGUGCCAACCCAGACAACAGAUUCUUUUGGAAUAGAACAUUAUUUAUACAUCUAAUUAGAUUUGGCAUUGACUGUGAUGAUUGGUUAACCAGGGCAAUGUGUGGAUCUGUUGAAAUUCGUACUAUUUAUGUUGGCCAUCGUCAAGCAAGGGCUGUACUUGUAUCUAGAUUAAGCUGCGAGCGUGCUGGUACUAGAUUUAAUGUAAGAGGGUGUAAUGAUGAUGGAAAUGUUGCUAAUUUUGUUGAAACGGAACAAGCUAUAUAUAUUGAUGACUCUGUGACAUCCUAUAUACAAACAAGGGGUUCCGUGCCUUUAUUCUGGGAACAGCCUGGUAUUCAAGUGGGUUCCCAUAAAGUAAAAAUGUCAAGGGGAUAUGAUGCAUCAACCAGUGUUUGCGAUAGACAUUUUUCACAAUUAAAACGUAAUUAUGGCUCUAUAAUUGUUGUAAAUCUUCUUGGAUCAAGCCUAAUUGGUGGUAGUGAAGGUGAAGCAACACUUAGCAAUGCUUAUCAAAAACAUCUCAAUGAAUCAGCACAUUCUGAUAUAACACAGAUAAUUUUCGACUAUCACCAAGAAGUGAGAGCUGCAUCAAUUGAAACUGCAUUAUCAAGAUUCAAAAAAAUAAUUGAAAAAUAUUAUGAUGAUAUCAGUAUCUUUAGCACCAAAGGUGUUGACAUCUAUAAUAUUCAAAAAGGUGUAAUCCGCACUAAUUGUCUAGAUUGCUUAGAUAGAACAAAUUCAAUACAGACAUUUAUUGGCUUGGAAAUGCUCGCUAUUCAACUUAUGCUAUUGCAGUGUGUGGAUAAGAAACAAAAUGUAAAUAGAUUUGAAGAAGUAUUCAAACAGAUGUGGAUUAAUAAUGGAAAUGAGAUUUCAAAAAUUUAUGCAGGUACUGGGGCUAUACAAGGGGGCUCCAAACUGAUAGAUGGAGCUAGAUCAGCUGCACGUACUAUCCAAAAUAAUUUAUUAGACAACUCUAAGCAAGAAGCAAUUGACAUAUUGUUAUUGGGCUCCACAUUAAAUUCAGAGCUUGCAGAUCGUACAAGGAUAUUAUUACCAACUAAUUUACUCCAUACAUCAACUCCUGUGCUAAGGGAAAUGUGUCGAAGAGCAAAUGAAUUUACUCAACCCUCUAGUAUUCGUAUUACAAUUGGUACAUAUAAUGUGAAUGGUGGCAAGCAUUUUAGAAGCUUGGCCUAUAAAGAUGUAUCAUUAGCAGAUUGGCUUCUAGAUUGUCCAAAUUCCUCUUUAGUCAGUACUGUAAAUAUGGCUGAACAACCAUCAGAUAUAUUUGCUAUUGGUUUUCAAGAAAUUGUUGAUUUAAAUGCCAGCAAUAUUAUGGCUGCUAGUUCAGAUAAUGCUAAAGCAUGGAGUGAGGAGUUAGAGAAAGUUUUGUGCAGAGAUGCAUCAUACACACUAUUGUCUAGUCAUCAGUUAGUUGGUGUGUGCCUAUUUAUAUUUGUAAGAAAGGAUUUAAUUCCACACAUAAGAGAUGUUGCUCUUGAUUCUGUCAAAACUGGCCUUGGUGGUGCCACUGGAAACAAGGGUGCUGUUGUUAUUCGAAUGGUUAUUUAUGGAACAUCCUUAUGUUUUGUUUGCGCGCAUUUUGCUGCUGGUCAGUCACAAGUUUCUGAGCGUAAUGCUGAUUAUACUGAGAUUACUAGAAAAAUUGCAUUUCCAAUGGGCCGCUCUCUUUACUCCCAUGAUUAUGUAUUUUGGUGUGGUGAUUUUAACUAUCGAAUAGAUCUAGAUAAAGAAGAAACACGCUUAUUAGCUGCACAAAACAAGUUGCAGCGGCUUUUAGAACAAGACCAAUUAUUAAGACAAAAAUCUCAAGGUUUGGUUUUUAAAAAUUGUUUUGAAGGAGAAAUCACUUUUCCCCCUACCUAUAAAUAUGACCUUUUUAGUGAUGAUUAUGACACUAGUGAGAAAUGCCGAGCACCUGCGUGGACUGAUCGUGUUUUAUGGCGAAGCAGGAAGCACACUAUUGAUCCAGAAACAACUACAGAUUUAGCCGCAGGAAAAUUACUUUUUUAUGGGCGAGCUGAAUUAAAACAAAGUGAUCAUCGACCAGUCAUUGCAAUCUUAGAAAUUGAGGUACUGCAAGUUAGCUACACUAAGUGCAUGGAAGUAUUUUACGAAGUUGUAAAAGACCUUGGGCCUCCAGAUGCUAGUAUCAUUGUACAGCCAUUUGAUGAUGUUGAUAGUGAUGAUUCAAUUUUUGAUGACAAUGUAAUGACAGCUAUCCUUCAAGAACUAGCAACGAUUGGAGACGUGACAUUAGUGCGCUUUGUCGACGAUCAUACAUUGAGCAUAACUUUCAGAGAAGGCCAGCAUGCACUUGCAGCUGCACAGAAAGGUCACAUUUCAGCAUGUUCCUUACAUUUCCGUAUAUCUUUAAAAUCUCCUAAUUGGAUUGAUAUUGUAAGAUUGGAGAUUAGUUUAUGUACAAACAAUACUGUUCCAUUGUUCGGUGAGAUUCAACCGGAAAGACCACUUAGAUCAGCUCCACCUACCCCCCGAAGACAACAACCGAGUAGACCUCCAGCUCCAUCUCCCACACCGAUGUUACCAUCGCGGGCCCCAAUUAUAAGUCCUGCGCGGCCGCCUCCACCACGGCCUGCGCCACUUCCUCCAGAUGCAGAGGCAAAUACCGCUCCGUCGCCUGUAACAUCACCGCCUCCCGAUAGUGUACCUCCCCCAACAUGUGCGCCGCCUCCACCACCUCAGAGUUCCACUCCGCCCCCUAUGGGUCCACCACCACCAGUGCCCGCUAGACAAGGCGCGCCCCCUCCGUUACCAGCGCGUCCUAAACAACCUAUGUAA